UCCGCUGGCUGACAGUCCGCUCCUGACGUCACCGGUUCCGUCCCAACACGGAAAUAUGGGAAAGUGACAAGAACGGCAACGUUGCUGUUAUUAUGGAUUUAAAGCGGUGCUGCUAGCUUAGCUUUCACCGUGUUUGUUGGUUCUUCGCGCGGCUUUAACGAUGUUUAACUGCCGGUGCUAACUCUCUGACAGAUGGACGCGCGCGCUGGAAAUGGACAGAGAGUUCGACCUCUGUUGCUAGUUCAAUAGCUUUAGUCCACCGUUUGUUCACAGCCAUGAAGCAAAGUGUUUUGGGGGUCAUGGGGGCUGUGGGACGCCUGCUCCUCCUCCUCCUCCUGCUGUCCUGGGAAGGCACAGUAUUUCAGGUUGGAGGAGUCAGAUCGGUCACCCUCCCAGAAUCCCUCCUGUUUGUCUCCACGCUGGACGGUAGUCUGCACGCCGUCUCCAAACAGUCAGGGGACAUCAAGUGGACCCUACGAGAAGACCCCAUUAUUCAAGUACCUGUCUACCUCACAGAGCCAGGGUUUCUCCCAGACCCCAACGAUGGCAGUUUGUACAUCCUGGGGGGCAAACACAAGGAAGGCCUGAUGAAACUGCCCUUCACCAUCCCAGAACUGGUCCAGUCGGCUCCCUGCAGGAGCUCUGAUGGUAUACUCUAUACAGGUAAAAAGCAGGAUGUGUGGAUCGUGGUCGAUCCUGAGACAGGCGAAAAGCAAACCAGUUUAACCACCUCCACCUCUGAAUCCAUCUGCCCCAACACUCCCCUACUUUACAUUGGACGCACAGAAUACAUGGUUACCAUGUUUGACACCAAGACACAGGAGCUGCGAUGGAACGCUACGUACAAUGAUUACUCUGCUCCACCAUACGACGACAAACAGGACUACAAGAUGGCCCAUCUUGUGUCGAGUGGUGAUGGUCUCGUUGUGACAGUUGACAGAGAGACAGGUGACGUCUUGUGGAGUCAGAACUAUGGAUCGCCCGUCAUAGGGGUCUACCUGUACUCCGGAGACUCUCUGAGACACGCCCCCCACUUGUCCCUCGCCAUGGAAACGCUUCGCUUCCUCACCUUCUCUUCUGCCAACGACCAGGCAGACACACACUCUACACUGAAGUGGAGCUAUCAGUUUGUGAAGGAGCAAGCCAGCGCACAAGCACAGCUUGUACCCACUCUCUAUGUCGGAAAACUGGACACUCACCUCUACGCCUCUACGUCCCUUGUCCACCAUGGAGUCUCAUUAGUGCCUCGGGGACUGACUUUGGCUCGAAUCGAGGGUCCGGUGACAGCUGGAGUGACAGUCAGAGAGCGAGGGGAGUGUGAGAUUACACCGUCUACCGAUGUACGCUACCCACCAGGGAGCACAUACAGCCAGAAAAACCACUGGCUGCUAAUAGGUCAUCAUGAGCUCCCUCCAGUCGCUCACACCACCAUGCUGAGGGAUUUCCCAGCCGGCCUGCAGCGUUCUGGCGAGGCAGUCAUCCCCCCUCGACCUUCUGCCUCCUCUGCCUCCCCUGCCUCCUACUACCAUCAGCGCUACUUCCAGGCAGUUGCUGGUGGCCAUAGCGACACUAAUGCUAAUAGAGAAGAGGUGGAUGGGAAGACGACAGGACAGAAACCGGCUGCCGUGCUGCCUGUCUAUAUGACUCAGGACCGGCUCACUUUGGCUGUUCUGACGCUGCUGCUGGGAGGGUGGCUGGCCUUUGCGCUCACAUACCCUGUUCGCACAGCUCAUCGGCUGAAAGCUCAAAGGCAGCUGGAGGAGGCUCUUGAGUCUCGUCUCCAGCGCAUGCAGACAAACAUGCAGACCGUGACCCAGGUCCCCUCAGACGCAACCCUCUCCACUGACACAAACAUCUCCACUGAGUCUCAGCCUGCAUCUGCUGACCCUCCACCUAGUCCUCGCACUCACAGCGGGGGCAGCACUUCAGAUGUCGAUAGAAACGGCACCUCAGGGCCCCGACCCACAGCGGAGGGAAACAGUGAGGAGGUGCAGGUUGGUAAAAUCUCCUUCACACCAUCUGAGGUGCUUGGACAUGGCACAGCGGGAACAUUUGUGUUCAGGGGUAAUUUUGAUGGACGCCACGUAGCGGUGAAGCGAAUAUUGCCGGAGUGUUUUGAGGUAGCAGAACGCGAGGUGCAGCUCCUCCGAGAGUCUGACACACACCCAAAUGUCAUCCGAUAUUUCUGCACAGAGAGAGACCGCCUCUUCACUUACAUCGCCAUUGAGCUGUGCACUGCAACCCUGCAGCAGUAUGUGGAGGAUCCGUCUUGUUUUCCUGAGCUGAAUCCUAUAACUCUGCUGGGACAGACCAUGAGCGGCCUCUCACACCUCCACUCGCUCAACAUAGUCCAUCGUGACCUGAAGCCCAGAAACAUCCUCCUUUCUGGUCCCAGUGCACUGGGUCGAGUCCGAGCUCUCAUCUCUGACUUUGGACUCUGUAAGAAGAUCCCAGACGGUCGGAGCAGCUUCUCUUUGCGGUCAGGAAUACCAGGAACUGAAGGGUGGAUAGCUCCUGAAGUACUGCGGGAUACUCCUGGCAACAAACCGACAGCAGCUGUGGAUGUGUUCUCAGCAGGCUGUGUGUUUUACUACGUGGUCAGCAGGGGGCAGCACCCUUUUGGUGAUGCAUUACGUCGACAGGUCAACAUCCUGUCAGGAGAAUAUUCACUCUCGCAUUUUAUGGAGGAUAUACAUGAUGACGUCAUAGCACGGGAUCUGAUUGAGCAGAUGAUCAGUGCAGAGGCUGAGUCCCGGCCCUCCACAGCCUGUGUGCUCAAACAUCCGUUCUUCUGGAGCCCAGAGAAGCAGCUGCUCUUUUUCCAGGACGUCAGUGACCGCAUAGAGAAGGAACCAGCAGAUAGUCCCAUUGUGGUCAGACUGGAGACUGCAGGAAGAGGAGUGGUGCGAACCAACUGGAGGAUGCAUAUCUCAGUGCCUCUGCAGACAGACCUGAGGCGGUUCAGGACAUAUAAAGGAAACUCGGUCAGAGAUCUGCUGAGAGCCAUGAGGAAUAAGAAGCAUCACUACCACGAGUUGCCAAAGGAGGUGCAGGAGACUCUCGGCGAGCUGCCCGAAGGCUUCGUCAGCUACUUCACCUCACGGUUUCCACGGUUACUGAUGCAUACACAUGCUGCUCUGAGCAUCUGCUCCAGUGAGAGACUGUUUCACCCCUACUAUCUGUCCCCCAACGCCAAAUAGCAUUGACAUGACUCUGCACUCCAUGCUCUGCACACACACUGGAGAAGUUUUUUGUGAGCAACAGAAAUCGCUGACAGUGCCCCAUUAUUGCUUUUGUAAAGCCCAUACCGAUUUUUGGGGGAAGAUACAGUGCUGUGAAAAAGUUUUUUAUAUCCCUAAAGUUUUUGUUAUUUCCUUUUUCUGCAGCUGUUGAUCAAGAAACGAUUUUAAUCAAACAGAAAACACUAAGAGUACGCACAUUCGGAAAGGCUGCAUACAUUUGUUAUAUUAAUCAUAGCAAUGUUUUUAAACUACAUCUUAAUGUGUAACUCCAUCAGAAUUGUUUAUAAAAUAAAUUAGGUGAUUCUUACUUUUGCCGGAGCGACAUCUGAUUUUGUUUGUGGGAAACAAACACAUUAUAGAUCUUGAAUGAGAUCUGGAGAGCACAGUUAACGGAAGAGCUUUUUAAUAAGGUGCAGCAGGGAAAAAAAGACAAAAAGUGUAAUAACCAUGUCCUGUUACAGCACUGGUUUGAGCUCUAAGUUAGCUGAUGUGUGGAGAUUUUUUAUCCUUAUUCUACAUUGCAGUCCUUUUUAAAGUUUUUAAUAAUUUAUUGUUUUUUAAAAGCAAAAAUAUUAUAUAAUGGCCAGCCCCCCAAUCCCAAAUUAAAUCCCUUGUUCCUUGGCCUAUUGCACAGUAUUUUAUUGAAAUAUGUUUAUAAAUUUGCAGAUAUCCUGCUAACAGACCAACAAACGGGUCUGAAAACAUAACUUCUUUGACAGAGGGAAUUGUAUAGUUUUUUUUUUUUUUUUUUAAUGAAUAUUUUUCCAUUUUUUUUCCUCUACUGGAUAAUUAAUAGUAUAAAUACAGACAGGAAACCAAGGGAGAGAGGGGGUUAUAACCAAGUGGCAGCCUCCGGUGCUAAAAUAAUGAAGCCACUAUGGAAGUGCCAAAAACUGCAGUUCCUUAAAUGGCCACUUGAGGCUGGCUCCUGAAGCGAAUAACUCCCCACAGACCCCCAUGUUAAACAGCCAAACUUUACAGCAGAAAUAAACAUGUUUACAACCUGGUACAAAAAACAGUUUUGGUCUCUAUAGCUCAUUUUAACAUUCAUGACAACUGUAUGGGGUUGAAUUUUACUAUAACUCACCUGUUUACAUUUCAUUAAGAAUUAAAGUUAAAGUUGAAGCUUUAAAGUUGGAGUCCGCAAACCAAUGGGUGACGUCAUGUUACCAAGUCUAGUAUUUCAGGUGUCGGCGAGUAUGCCAAUAACUGAUCCAGCAUUGUAGGCACUAUUGGAGGCUUUUCCAAUACUGGUAUCAUAACGACUCUAACUUAAAGGGUAAUGCCAGCAUUUUUCAACCUGGGCCCUAUUUUCCCGUUGUUUUGUGUCUAGGUGACUAAAAGGAACAACAAUAUUUGAAAUUGCUCCAGUAUUGAACGAGAGGGAUGCAGCCAACAGCAGUGAAGCAGGCUGCAAUAUAGCCACUAGGGGUCAGUUUACGCCCACUCAGAGUGCUUUUGCCACUGACUGGCUCAGAUUGUUGCUAUUAAUGUCUGACAGUAUUAUUGAAAGGAUCCCAACAGAGACAGACCUUUUUAUUUAAGAGUAAGAUCCUUUUUGUUUAACAAAACAGCCCCAAAAUUGAUUUAACCAAUUCCACCAGAGUCCAUUUGAAUAAAAAGUAAUUUUAUUAUCGUAAAACACACUUCAGUCAAAGUCAGCAAAAUCAAAAUAAAAUUCAAAAGCCAUCUUGCUCUGUCUUCCCACUGUUCCAGCAACCACCAACCCUGGUUUGGUUGAAAUAAGCCCUUAAUUCACCCAGUUAGAUGUGAAAAUAUACUGGCUCCAAACAUGCUGAUGGGUUUGGCAAUGCCUAUUUUGGGGCUGUAUUUGGUUAAACUCUUCAGUAAAAAUGGUCUAUCUCUGUUUGGAUCCUUUCCAUAAUGUUGUCAGACACUUUUAAUAACAGUCUGAGUCUGUCAGUGGUAAAAACAUCACUUUUAGUAGAUGUUCAUUAACGGAGCACAAAUGCCCCAAAGUGGUUAAAUUGCGGCCGUUUAACCGCUGCCAUCUGCAGCACUCUCAUCCAAUACUGGACCAAUUAAAAAAUUGUUGUCUCCAUGGUCCCACCAAAAAUUUGGGAGUAUAGUACUUUUAGAACCAGUAACAGUAACAGCUCUGGCGUCCAGAUUAAACAUCAUUAUGUGAGGUGCACAAACUUUGUCACAGCAUUGUAGGUAGCACAAACACUGGAGAGCAGGUUUUAUGAGAAGUAAAGCUUGUGCUGCUGUUACAAGUUAUAGAGGAAAUCUGUUUUAUAUCUAUUUACCAGUUAAACCACUUACUUCCCCUCUGUCCCUGUUGCUGCUGUGCUUCUCUCAGCUCCUCUGUAGAAACUGCCAAAGAAUAUUUACUUUGCUUUUUGUUUUUAUGUAUUUGAUAUGUGUGUCUGAAUGUAGCUACGCUGACUGAAGAAUGUACUGAGCCUUUCUGCAGCCUUGUUUUUUCACUGAUGGCAGUACAUUCAGUGAAAUAGUCAAAUAUCAUGACACUGUUAAAAUGUGGGCAAUGUGCUAUACUGAGAAAAUCUGAUUUAUGCAGGCAAUAAUGAAACCACAGAAACUA